UUUCACGGUCGAAGAAAAUAACCCGUCAGUGGGGAGAAGCUGUGUGCGAUUAGGGAUAAGUCUACCAAUAAAAUCCGUCUCCAUCCUUAUGUUUUUGGGCAAUAAUGAUCCCCAAAAUACGAAGAGCAUAAUCUACGCGUUUUACACUAUCGGACGGCAUCGAUAUUAUAUGUCUUCGUUUCUCAGAAAGAUUUAAAAAGGAUGGUGAAAUUUGCAUCGUUACAGUACUGCUAAGGUACAAACGAGGCAACUGAAGGAGCCAACGUUUGCUAGAAGCGAAAUGGAGCUGAGAGUGGGCAACCGAUACCGACUGGGCAGAAAAAUCGGAAGUGGAUCUUUCGGGGACAUAUAUUUAGGCACAGACAUUUCAGUGGGUGAAGAGGUUGCGAUUAAAUUGGAAUGUGUGAAGACCAAACACCCCCAGCUCCACAUCGAGAGCAAGAUCUACAAGAUGAUGCAAGGAGGAGUGGGCAUUCCAACAAUUAAGUGGUGUGGAGCAGAAGGUGACUACAAUGUGAUGGUGAUGGAGCUGCUGGGGCCCAGCCUGGAGGAUCUCUUCAACUUUUGCUCCCGCAAGUUCAGCUUGAAGACAGUCCUGCUGCUCGCUGAUCAGAUGAUCAGUCGCAUUGAGUACAUUCACUCCAAGAACUUCAUCCACAGAGAUGUGAAGCCUGAUAACUUCCUGAUGGGACUGGGUAAAAAGGGCAACCUGGUCUACAUUAUCGACUUUGGCCUGGCUAAAAAAUAUCGUGAUGCACGCACACACCAGCACAUCCCCUACCGCGAGAAUAAGAACCUGACUGGCACUGCACGCUACGCCUCAAUCAACACACAUCUGGGGAUUGAGCAAUCAAGGCGCGAUGACCUGGAAUCCUUGGGGUACGUUCUAAUGUAUUUUAAUCUGGGCUCGUUGCCUUGGCAAGGCCUCAAGGCUGCGACCAAGAGGCAGAAGUAUGAACGAAUCAGUGAGAAGAAAAUGUCCACCCCCAUUGAGGUGCUUUGCAAGGGAUACCCCUCUGAGUUUGCAACCUACCUGAAUUUUUGUCGCUCCCUGCGCUUCGAUGACAAGCCAGACUACUCCUACCUCCGGCAGCUCUUCAGGAACCUAUUCCACAGACAGGGCUUCUCUUAUGACUAUGUAUUUGACUGGAACAUGCUCAAGUUUGGAGCCAAUCGUGCAGCAGAGGAAGCAGAGAGAGAGCGCCGGGACCGGGAGGACAGGCUGAGGCAUGGCAGAAACCCAGGCCCCAGGGGAAUACCUGCUGCAUCAGGAAGACCACGAGGAACCCAAGACGGAGCUCCUCCUACCCCAUUAACACCAACCUCUCACACAGCAAACACAUCGCCUCGACAGGUGUCUGGAAUGGAGCGUGAACGAAAGGUCAGCAUGCGACUGCACCGCGGCGCUCCUGUCAACGUGUCAUCCUCAGAUCUAACAGGACGGCAGGACACUUCACGCAUGUCCACCUCACAGAUGAUGUCUGGUGUACCGACUGCUGGUCUUCAUCUUCUAGCUCCUCGAUGAGCCCCCACAAUGCACCCUGGCGGACCAAGCCCUGUUCACUCGGAAACAACCUGACAUACUAAUACUACUGUUCAUUACUACUACUACUACUACUACAGCAGCUACCAUCGGAGGCCAUAUUGUGACUAGGCACACACUGUUGUCUGAUGGACUGCUCUCAGUACUGUUGGCACCUUCACACUCAUUCACUCACUCACUUCGCCCCCCUCCCUCCCUCCCCAUUUCUGUGUGUAGGUUUGAUGUCCCUAACAUUGGAGCUCAGGACUGUUGUGUUUACUUCGUCAGGAACUCCCCCAAUCCAAAAAAAAACAGAAACACCACCAGAUUGUGAAAGGGCCAGACAUGGCAGCCACUCAUUUCUGGGACACUGACACUGACUGACUGAGUUAAGGCUCCUUCCUCUGCAGAAACAUUUGUCAUUGAUGACCCUACAUUUCCAUUGUCACUAUCUGCUAGUUCAUACCUGAUCAAUAAAAUUGCUUUUCUAUCUUUUGCAGUAAACACCACCAACUUUUUCUGUUUUUAAUGAUCACCACCACCACUGAUGGCUCUCUUCAGUAACUAGAGCCAUUUGUAUUAAAUAGAAAGUAAACACUUGUUUGCAUGUUGUAGAGGUUAGCCUUCAGUGUCACGUUCAGAGGCUUGAGUGUUAGUUGAACCCAUGAAUGUACCAAAAAUCUAAUUUGGUAUCUUGGGUGCAGGAGGUCAAGUAGUCACUCAUGACAAGAUGUUCUGUCUGUUCACCUCCAGGCUCUGGUAUACUGCUGAAUGAGCUGUGUUCCCUUUAUUGUGUGUGUACAAAAGGAGUGCACUUUAUAGAGGGAAGGGCAUCAUAUGACACAUUUGACCAGAUGUCCAGUCACUGUGUACAGAUAAACAUUCUUGUUUUUCUUAUUUGUAUAAUUUUGAAGCUGUGAAUUCGUUUUAAUAUUGAUGUGUAAACGUUUGCUCAUCUGUAGGGACAGGUCUGAACAUGACUUCUAAGGCUUGCUCCAGGAACCUAGCUGCAAGUUUGGGCUGCCAUAAAUGUAGUCAUCUUCCCAUCAGCAUACCCCCCUGAGAGCCAUGGGCUUAUUAAACAAACCAGUGGUGAGGGCAGAGAUGUUGCACUGAAUUUUAAAGACAUUUAGUGUGACAUCCUUUGCUAUCACAAAGGAUACUGCUGUCAGUAUUCAAGUUUUAGGGAUCCUGCACCAAUGUGGCUAACAGAGAUAAUUGCCAAGGGCACUGAAAAUGCAUUUUCUGUGAAUCCCUUUUAAACAGUUACUGAACAUAUUUUUAUUGAGAGGAAAACUUCAUCCUUUUACAGGCUACUCCAGCAGCAGUGGAUUAUUUUUUUUUUUAAAUUAGUGAACAAUUUGUUUGACUCUUUCGGCUUUGAUAAAUAAUUGCCAUGUCUAUCAGAAUAAAAUGGCCUGUUGUAAUUCAUUAUAACUGCUGCUCAUUCUGUAGUUUUGGAUUUUUGACCCUUGACUUCUUUGGUCAGUCACGCUACACCUAGUGAAUUAUGUAAGCAACGAGAUUUACUUUCUCACAUUUAUAUUUGCCACUGUAUUUGUGUACUUAAACUGUAAAUAAAUGAAUUACUUGUACCUUUU